ACCAGAGUCCGAAGAAUAAAAGUAUCCAUUGAUUUUCUUUUGACUUUUUAUCAUUGCGGCUUAAAUAAAUACUUUUCAAAAAGUCGUCGAAAAUACAAAAUUCUACUCAUACUUUUCAAAUACUUUUCAAAUUUAAAAAAAGUUUAUUCGAUUUUUGAAUUUCCGGCAGCUUAUGGUGUUUAGGCUAUUAUAUAUCAUACUUAUAAGAAAUCUACAAAAUUAUUUUUAUGCAUUGACAAACACUUUCUUGAUAUUCAGGUGUUAGUUAUGGUGGUGUUACACUUCAUUACAUUGAUUCAACAUGGCAACUAAAAACAUUUAUUUUGGCUUGUCGUGCCUAUGAUCGUGAAAAUAAACAAGCAAAGAACGUUCGAAUGUUUAUUGACCGUAUUCUAGCUGAGUUUAACCUUUCAUUGAAUAAAAAUGUUUAUAUUAUUAGUGAUAAUGAGAAUUUGAUGAAAGCAACAUUUCGCGAAAAUAGAAUUGGUUGUGCUGCACAUUACUCUAAUAAAAUUUUAGAACAUGCAUUUACAAAAGAUGAUAUCAAUUGCAGUGAUGUCCAGCAAUUAUUUUUAUUUGUUAAAGCAAUUGUAAAUCAUGUUAAACGUUCACAUAAACAAGCACAGUUAAGACAUAAAUUACAAUCAUUCUCUGAUACAAGAUUUAAUGGUGUCUAUAUUAUGAUGAAAUCCAUUUCCACUGUUUACGAUGAAUUGAUCGAUA